CAGCCCAAGAGACCCCCUUCAGUCUCCCCUUUUCCCUGUCUACUGGAGAAGCUUCAGGAGAGGCAGUGCUGGGGCACUGGCUGCAGAAGUGAAAAUUAAUGGGCUGAAAGGGGGGCAGACCUUCUUUGCUCUCUCCCAGCCCAUGCACCCCUGCUGGUCUCUGCUCUCUGCUCCCUCUUCCCUUGUUCUAGACCCAGCUCCAGGGGCACCCGGAGGUUCUGCUCCAGGGUCCCUGCAGUAUACCUCCCUCCUGCCUGUUUACUGCCUCUGGCUGCACACCUCCCAUCUCUUAUGUCCCCAUUGGGAUCCAUUAGAAAUGGAAUCGUAUGGGCCAAAGUUCAUCUUUUCCUCCAAAGAGGCUGCUGGUCAGCUUACAGAUGGCUUUGUGUGGGUCUAGAGCACACCAUGGUUCUGCUGGUGGCAGCCAGGGUCAUUUGGUACAGACUGUGGCAUCUUGGGAAGCAGGAUGCCUGGCCCUCCACAUCCCCUUUCAUUUCAAAGCUGCCACAGUGAGUAAAAGGGAACUAAGCACAUUGCUGACCCAGGUGUUCUCAGACCUGCCCGUGGGAGGCAGGGUUUGUGCCUGCGCUGGGUGCCCGUCCCUCCUGAGUCCUUGGCCAGGGCUGCUGAGUGGGACAGCUGGAUUGGGACUCAGUGUGUGGCCCCCAAUUCACUGAAUGCCACCCCCUUUCACAGGAUUCUUUCCCCAUUUCUUGUCAGCAGAGACAGCAAAGCAGUGGUCCUACAUAAGGAAUAUUUGCUUAGAAAAUAAAGUGAGAGGCAGCUUCUGUGUAAAAAUAACAGAAUUAUUUUUUGCAAAAGAUUAUCUUUUAUCUUCAUUUUAUUUAUUUUUAAAAUUUAUUUAUUUGUUUUGAGUGAGAGAGAGAGAGAGGGCAUGAACUCGGGAGCAACAGAGAGAGAGGGAGAGACAGAAUCCCAAGCAGGCUCCUCACCAUCAGCGUAGAGUCUGAUGCAGGGCUCAAACUCAUGAACCACAAGAUCGUGACCUGAGCCGAAAUCAAGAGUUGGAUGCUCGACCAACUGAGCCACCUAUGUGCCCCAAGUUUUAUUUAUUUUUUAAAAAUAAUUUUUUCAACAUUUAUUUAUUUUUGAGAGAGAGAAAGAGAGAGAGAGAAAGAAUGUGAGUGGGGGAGGGGCAGAGAGAGGGAGACAGAGGAUAUGAAGCAGGCUCCACACUGUGAGAGCAGAGCCUGACUCCGGGCUCAAACUCACAAACCCACCGUGAGAUCAUGACCUGAACCGAAAUCAAGAGUCGUCGGCUGCUUAACCGACUGAGCCAUCCAGACGCCCUAUCUUCAAGUUUUGGAGUACUGAUGAUAAGCCUGACUCUAUUGACAUUAUUCCAGUUUCCUUUCGGCAGAGCUCUUUUCAACUGGUUUCUGGGCUGUGUGUCAGGACUGUGGCCCUGGGAGGACGUAGGGAGGCUUUCGGGAAGGACACAGAGCCAGCCUCUGCCGCACGGAAAGCUGCUCUUACUUCCUUGGCACGAGCUAGUAAAUGUGCUCUGUGACCUUAACAGAUGAAGGAAAUCUCUAUUAACAAUGUGAUUCCUGUCUUGCCAAGGGUGUUCCUGGAACUUUAGAGGGGCAGGGUGAAGGCAUAAGAGGGUCAGGGCCCUAGAUCCAGAGCCCAGGCAAGAGGAUUGGCCCUGAAUUCCAGGAGCCAUGCUUCCCCUCUGAGCCACAAAAAAAGGAGAGAAGUGGGGGCAGGAUUCAUGCACAGCAGUUUCUUAACACUGGCUGCAUGUUUAAAAUCACCUGAGGGGCGCCUGAGUGGCUCAUACAGUUAAGUGUCCAACUUCAGCUUAGCUCAUGAUCUCACAGUUUGUGGGUUCAAUCCCCACAUCAGGCUCUGUGCUGAGCCUGGAGCCUACUUCAGAUUCUGUGUCUCCCUCUCUCUCUGCCCCUCCCCCACUCAUGCUGUCUCCUCUCUCUCUCUCUCUCUCUCAAAAAUAAACAAACAUUAAAAAAAUUUUUUUUAAUAAAAUCACCUGAGAUUCUUUAAAAGCCUGAAACUGAACAUAUGCCUAACUUAUGACCCAGCAAUUGAAAUCCUAAGUGUUUGCCCAUAGAAAUGAAUACUUGUGUCCACACUACAAGUGCUGGAAUGUUCCUGGCCACACUUUCAUAACAGGCAAAAACUGGAAAUUUCCCAGAGGCCCAUCUAUAGUAAAAUUAACAAAUAAGUUGUAGUAUGUCCGUGUAAUGGAAUUCUAAACAUUGGUGAAAAUGCACAAUAGCUACACACAACACUGUGGACGAAUCCCACAGAUGCAUUGCUGAGUAAAAGGAGCCACAUAAAAGGGUAUGUAUGGUAUGAUUCCGUUCAUAGAAAGUCCACAAAGAAGAGGCAGAGGCAACCUGUGCUGUGGAAACCAGGGUGAUGGUUAUUCUUGUGGGUUGUGGGUUGUGGGUGGCAGGUUGGGGGUGGUGGUGAGACUGAAAGAGGCAGGAGGGGCUUCUGGGGGCUGGUUUCCAAGUGUGUUCUGUUUGUGAAAUGCAUUGAAUUGUACAUUUAUUUUAUGUACUCUUUUUUUUUUUAAGUUUAUUUAGUGUGUGUGUGUGUGUGUGUGUGUGUGUGUGUGUGUGUGAGAGAGAGAGAGAGAGAGAGAGAGAGAGAGAGAGACAGAGUGUGCAAGCAGGGGAGGAACAGAGAGAGAAUCCCAAGCAGGCUCUGAGCUGUCAGCCCAGAGCCUGACAUCGGGCUCAAUCUCACAAACUGUGAGAUCAUGACCGGAGCCGAAAUCAAGAGUCAGACAUUUAGCCACCCAGGCAUCUCUCCUACAUAUACUUUUCUAUGUGUAAACUAUACUUCAAUAAGAAGUUGAAAAUAUAUAGCUACCUACAUGCUACUCCCAGAGACUCUGAUUUAAUUGGUCUGAGACAGGGCUCAGGCAUCAUUUUUUUGUUUGUUUUCUUAAAAAGCUCUACAUGUUGGGGCGCCUGGGUGGCUCAGUCGGUUAAACGUCCGACUUCAGCUCAGGUCAUGAUCUCGCGGUCUGUGAGUUCGAGCCCCGCGUCGGGCUCUGUGCUGACAGCUCAGAGCCUGGAGCCUGUUUCAGAUUCUGUGUCUCCCUCUCUCUCUGACCCUCCCCCAUUCAUGCUCUGUCUCUCUCUGUCUCAAAAAUAAAUAAACAUUUAAAAAAAAAAAAAAAAGCUCUACAUGUGAUGCUAAUGUGUACUCAACAGGCUGCACAUUAGACUUGACCGGAUGGUCUCUCUUCUCCAUGACGAAGGCGGUGAGCUGUGUGCUAAGCAAGAGGUCAAGCAACCAGCAGAUGCAUGGAAAGACAGCUUCUCUGAAGAGCCCUGUGUCCUGCACAGAGAAACUAGCCAGGGUUCAGGCACCCCUGAACUCCAGUCUGCACUGGCCAGAAGGCUUGAAGAGUGAAGAGAUCAAGAAGUGUGGCCGAGAAGGGCCCCAGCUCGUGUGUUUGCAGACACUACUGAGUAAAUACAACCAGCAAUACCACAAGCUGUUUAAGGACAUCCCUUUGGAGGAGGUUGUUCUCAAAGUGUGUUCCUGUGCCCUCCAGAGAGACCUUCUUCUCCAGGGCCGGCUCUACAUCUCCCCCAACUGGCUCUGUUUCCAUGCUAGCCUCUUUGGCAAGGAUAUCAAGGUGGUCAUUCCUGUGGUGUCUGUGCAAAUGAUCAAAAAACACAAGAUGGCCCGGCUCCUUCCCAAUGGCCUGGCCAUCACCACAAAUACCAGCCAAAAGUAUGUCUUUGUGUCACUGCUUUCCCGGGACAGUGUCUAUGACAUGCUGAGGAGGGUCUGCACACACCUACAGCCUUCCAGCAAGAAGAGCCUGAGUGUAAGAGAAUUUCCAGAGGAACCUGAGUGCGAGUCUCUGGAAGUCCUCAUCCCUGAGAUGAAGUGGAGAAAGGUGUGCCCUGCCUCCAGGUCCCUGUCCCUUCCAGACAACAUCCCUUGUAUCCCUCAGGCAUCCAUGGACUCCACCGACAGCUUCUUUCCCUCCAGGAAGCCUCCAGGCUCUGAGAAUGCUGUCUGUGAGAAGGAGAAACUGAAGGAGUUGCCCAGGAGCGACGGGGAGCUGAGGCUCUGGGAUUGCCAGCUCCUCAAGGUCAUCUUCGUGCUGAUCUGCUUCUUGGUCAUGUCCUCAUCGUAUCUGGCAUUCCGCAUCUCCCGGCUGGAACAGCAAUUAUGCUCCCUGAAUUGGGAUGGCCCAAUCCCUGGGCACAGGUAACAGCCACCUGGCCUUUGUCCCUACUUCUCCAUGAAGAAUGCUGUGCGUGCUAAGGUUCCACCAGUGAUCGCCGUGGUUUAUGCUGCUGCUGCGCUGAGACUGAGUAUGAAGGAACAUAGUCCAGAUCCUUCCUCCUCCCCCUAACUCUUAUCUCUCCUGUUUACAAAGCUCCUACAAUUUGGGGACUCGGACAAAGAGCCAGAUUCUUGGAACAGCUGAGAAAUUCUGUAUACUAAGCUUCAGCAAGCACUUCAGUGAAAAAAGAAAAUUAACUUGUUCCUUGGAAACAGCCUGGCACAGGUGCAGAGCACUAGGAGCCACCGGAGGGACAAAGGCCAUGCUUUGGUUCCUGGAAUGUACCUCUCUAACUGUCACGCGGCUCACUGCCUCAGUGGGACAGAGGCUCUAACCCAAACCACCAGUGGGGCUCUGCUCUCUCCCAACAUACUGUGCACUCACUUGUGCCCCUGAGUCUCUGUUCCGGGAGCCAGGCCCCUGUCAGGCCAAGGGCAGACUGGGGGACAGGAGGGGGAGGGGGAAGGUAUGAACAAGGAGAGGAGGACGUGUGGCUAGGAUUCCAGCUAGAGAGGAACGUUUGUGCCCUGUGCUGAGGCUCUAUCCUGGCCCUUCACAAAGAGGCUGGCUGAAUCUGGAGGACAGUACUUGCAGCAGAGGAUGGUGGCAGGGGCUGUGAAGGAGAGCAGAGGUCCAGGAUCCUGUGUCCUGAGCUGCCACUUCCUGGUGAGACAGGCGGAGCGGGGCCUUUGAUCACUGUGGUCACAGACCUGGUACUGUGUCUUCCCCUCGUGUGCUCAAACGGUUCUAAGGUCCCCCAGGCGGGGAGUAGGGGCUGGGGCUGGGGUGGGUGGGAAGGUUGGUGGCUUUGAUUUGAGAUUUUGCUUUGUACUCCCUGGCCGACUGCCUGAGAGGCCAUGACCCAUAGCAACCUGUCGGGAGGUGAGGCUGGGCAGUUGGGCACAAUGGUAUAGGGCCACUGCAGGGCAAAGCUCACUCAUGUCACCAGAAAUAAGUAUGUUGCGGGCCAUGGGGGGAGGCUUCUCCAUUCUAUGAAUAAGGUAGAGGUGUCCAAGGUGGGCCUGGUACAGUGCAGGGACCAGGCCAAGGGGUUCUGUCUGAUAUAUCUGGGGACAAGAGAAGUAGGGGAUGAGAAGAGUAGACACAGUGGUAGCUUUCUCUUAGAGAUUCCUCCACUUCUGCCUGUUUUCUAAACAGCUUGUCUAUGCCUCAGAACUCUGCCUGCUCUUCCUGGGACUCCCAUCUGCUAAGACAGUGCCUUUGGAGGUUCUAGAGGGGCCUCAGUGAAGAGGUCAGAGGUAUCAAAGGAAAGUCACUGGUGAUGGGGUGAGUGGUGUCAGAAAUAGCCACUGUUUUUCCUCCUUCGGACACCUGAAAGGUUAAUCAGGGAGAAAUCCAAGCAGAAAUUAUUUAUUGCGGGGCCAUGAUUGUCCUAUUAGGACAAACCCAAACAAGAAUUGGAGGGACUGACUGCAGGUGACAAGUCCCAAAGCUCAGACUAGCAGUCUCUUCAUCCUCACCCCAUUGCAGGUUCUAGGAUUAUGCUUAGAGCCUGGGGGGGUUGCUUGCACCUCAUCUGUAUGUAUCAGGUGAAACUCAUUCCAUUCUCCCCAUAGCACCACAGUGGGGAAAACCCCAUCCUUUUUUUGGAACCAGCCCCCUUCAUCACUCCUUUCCAUCACGUCUUCAGGGAAAUACUUGCCCCAGUGUCUUCCGGCCCUGGUCCUUGCCGAAGGGGGGGGGAGAAUAGGUCCAUUCUCUGAGCCUUGCCAGGUUGAGCCAGGGGCUCAUCAGGGGCCAGCAGAGGUGCCAAGUCAUGGGUAAUGGUGCCAAAGUGCUGGUGAAUCUAGUCUCCACCUGUGCCGCAGGCUCAGAAAGGGCUAGAGGCAUGCUGUAGGGUGGGGUGGCUCUGGAGGCCCUCUUGGGUCCAGGGAUUUCAGUGGUAUGAGUGUGCCUGUCGCUUUGGAGGGCCCUGUCUCUGUUUCUCCCUUUGAUUCCCCAGCCUGGUCCUCUGGGGCCAAUGUCCCUUUGGUUGUGCUCAUUUGUAAACUGUGUAUUUGUACAGACCUGCUUGCACUGGCUGAUACUCCUUUAAUUCCCUGAGAGAUUGGUUCAACUAUCCUUGGGUUGUUCCACCAUAGCAUUAGCCUUUGAAAAUAUUUUAAAAUACAAAAAUUUGAUUUUUCUAG